AUGUGCUGGUUACGAAAGCCAAUGUACUGCAUGAAAUAUAACGAAUCACACGGCACCAGAGAUAAAGAGCUCGGACGAGUUAAUUUGUCUUUGAAGAUAUUGAAGAUGACAGGAAACCGUGAUGCUUUACCGCUGUUCAUUCGCCCGUGGAAAAUAAGAACAAUCAGUUUGUGUCUGUCCGCUGUUAGGAAAAGUGAAACUGUGGAGAAAUAUUAUAUUGAAAGCCGGCUGAAAGUUUUAACAGAUCGUGACAUACACCUGCCCCUGGAAAUACUACCACGUUUGAGGACGACCAGCUAUGCCAAGUCCGCGCCCAGGUCCGGCUGCCGUCCGAACCAUCAGUACAUCGACGCAAGCAAAGUCAUCAGGAACUUCGGCAAGCCUGCGUCCGGAAGCGGCGCCGCGGCACUCAACGCCAGCCAAGCACCAGUCCCCGGCAACCACAAAGCUGUCGAGGGACUGCCCAAGAUCGACGGUCCUAAGGCGAGCGGCAAAGGGUCCCUUUCCCGUCGGCAGCCGCCCGUGCCACCGCUGCCUCCCCAGAAGUCGCUGCCGCCCGUGCCACCGCUGCCGCCCUGCAUUGUCAAGUACCCCCCGCCGCCUCCAGCUGGUCCCCAACCUGACCAGCUCGACGUCGAGUUCAUGAAAGUCGCGAAGGACUCCGUUAAAGCCGCGUCGACGGUAUCGGACGUAGCCGUCAUCCACGCGUCCGAAACCCAGGUCGUCGACUACCUCGCCGAUUUCUUCGAGCAGAUGAAUCCGAGGAGGGAAAAUAGUCACAAAAUCAGCGUGAAGGCGUGCUGCGUCGCGAGCGUAGCGGCGGAGGGCAGAGGCAGAAGCAAAGGCGUCCUGAAGGCUGCUGAAAAUGCUCACGUCCAGCUGGUCUUGGUGUCCGCUAGCUUCAUUCGGUGCUGCGGCGAUGCCCUCGUGUGCAAGCGUCUCAGGGAGAUCCUGGAGCCACAAAGGGUCCUGUGUCUGCUGCUGGGCGAGGCGGACGAGGCCAAACUGAAGGCGCCGCAGCUGGCAGGCCUAGGCUCCCCUUCUACCUGGCGAUCCAUCAGAUUCGAAACCAUCAACCUGGACUCAAUUUCGGAGCUUCUGGAGGAGAUGGUGAAGGUGCUGGAUUUCCUGGCGGCGCCUCCCCUCCCGCCCUCCUCCUUCUCCACCUCCUCCCUCCAGCGGCAGGGGCGUGGGCGGAAGUUACGCAAUCAGGAGCAAGGGAAGUUCCACGUGAUACCGAGUCAGCUGUCAUGGAAGCAAACGAGUCUGACGGUCCUGUUUGAGACGGAGGUAGGACACGAGAAAGGAGUGAAGAUAAGGUUGGAGUCCGAACACGGGAUUUACGCCCACGCUGAAAGUCUCCACUUGCUCAACCCAUAUGCCGUGAGCUUCGAAAUUCCUGAUAGCGUCCGGCUGACCUCUGGGAAGCUGUCGGUCACGGUCUCGCUGUUCGACGUGUGUCUUGGGUCAUGCAAGGUCAGAGUCGAGACGAGGAUCGACAACCUGAAGGCGAUCUUAGAGUCGUUCACAUACCCUUUGGAGGUCAUGUCCCUGACCAUGGGCGUGUCCUCCACCAGAGGAAACCUGGACGACCACCUGUCGGAGCUACUGAAGGGGCGCGUGCCACCCUCCUCGUUCGGGCCGAGGGUGUCCUUGAAGACUGGCCUCGAAUACCCCUCGUGGGCUCACUUCAGCGCUGCCCACGGGCUGGACGCGCUCACUUGGACGCUGCUCGACCUGCCUGGGGGGGACGCCGUCCUCACCAUCCCCAACUGCAGGGGCCUGACGCCUCGCGACCUCGCCCUCGCGAACGGUUUCUUCUCCCUCGGCCAGGACCUCCAGAAGGCGGAGUUUCUGACGGGGCUGGACGCCAUGGUGGACGGCGACCCCUUAGGGAAACACGACGACUUCGUGAAGCUCCACCAGGCGGACGAGAAACCGCCAUACCGCUCCUCGAGCCCAAGGCCCAUCCUGUACCCGCAGCCUUCCUCGUCCCCCGGCCUUCAGUCUUUGUCCUCGUUAGAGCCGGACUCGCCCUUCUACGGCAACGGCAGGCCUGGCAGUUCGGUCGCCUUCGUGUACCCGUCGACGUCGCCAGCGAAGGAGAGAGGCGAUCGGAGUGGCGACAAGUUGAGUCCGAGUCCGUGCUGGUCGCCAGAUGCACAGGGCAGCCAAGACGUGGCUUCCCUGCUGUCUGCUUGGAGAGCGAGGACGAGUGACACGAGGACCUUCCUGAGAAGCCACCACGCCCUCAUCCGCCACGCGAGACGGGCGGUGGCGGCGGACGUCGCGAAGGGCCGGGUGGGCAACCCCAGUAGGCAGUCGCCGUUCAGAGGAGAGCGAGCUUUGGGCACGACCGACUCGACGACCAAGACGCCAGUAGGAGGAGGAAUUUACCCGAACUUAAUUGAACAGUUCUGGAAUGCUCUGGAAGCUUGCCGCCAAGAGACUGCGCCCCGCCCCGAGCAAUACAGUGACGGCAGCCAGGAGGACCAAGCCCAGAAGAGCCACAGAGAUGACCACCUCCCGAACACCUUUCGAUUGGAAACUUCCCCAGAGCCAAAGAAGCGUAGUCCCAGGCCUCCACCGCGGCCAGACACAAAUUACCUCAGCAACAGCGAAAUCCACAGUCCGACCAAUGCACAGAUCAUCACUGAACGUAUCAAAGUUAGGAGCAUCGUUAAGAAGUCCUCGAGCUUCUGUCUUUUGAAGCCCAAGAAGUCGUCCUCGUAUUCCAUGCUGAACUUGUCGGACAAGGGCUGAUCAGAGCACUCCUUCGUGAAACUCCCUUCGCGUCAGCAGGAUAAACAUGAUAUUUCUUGUGGUGUUCAUACGGCAGAUGCAUUAUUUAUUUCAGAGUUUGGAGAAAUAAAAAUGUGGUGUAGUUAAAAGGUAAGAAAAAUGAUCUGGGUUCAGUGAAUUAUGUCCACCAAAAUCGUUAUAAAAAAUAGUUGGUACUAAAUGUAAAAUUUGUCAUAAACAUAUUCAAUAGACGAGGGAUGAUAUUCAGUUUUUCAUAUUUUAUAUUUUAUCCAAUAGAGCAGUAAAUCGUUAAAGAUUUAUUCUAAUAAUUUUCACUGGUGAAACGAAACAGGCUAACAGGAAAAAGGGUAUUUUUUUAGAAAAAGUAGGAAACCUACAUUGUUCUUGUUGAUUGAUAAAACAUUGCAUGUUUUCAACCUUCAUUUCGGCCUCAAACCACCCUUUCUAUGAGUUUUUGGUACCAACCACCGUAAUUGCAGCAUUACACAUCAUUUCAAAUUUCACUUAUUUCUCUUAACAGGGGACUUGCCCUCUGUAACCCCCAUUUUUUUUUAUCCCGCCUUAGAUAUGAAAUCUUUACCUCUACUGUAACAUGACCACAACCAACACCUGCCUGAUAAAUAGAGAAUGUAGUAGAAAAGAUGAGAGAUACUAUCUACUUUAUUAUUUGUUUGCUGAGAUAGGUAUAGAGAAGUAAUGUUUUAGAUUGCUUUAUCAAUAUCAAAAAUGAGGUAAGUGCACCCCCUACUAAUAAUGAAAUUUCACCGGAAAGAGACUCAGCUGUCACGUUUCAUGUCACUCAACUCAUCAGAUGUUGAAAUGGAUAUAUUUUGCCAUUUUGAUUUAACCGCCCGGUGAGGGACCCUAGCAUGACGGAAACUUUCACUUCGCUGACUUUUUAUGAUGUUUAUCUCCCUCAUUCCCUUGCCUGUUGUGUUCCUGGGGGGGGGGGGGCAUAGGAGACAGAAACUGAGGGCCAAUGCGGGGGAUCUCCCCUACUUUGGGCCUUGGCUCUAGUACUUUUGCACCGUCUUUUCUCCUUCCCUUCCCUAUCCCUUAUCUUUCCCAGUUCCAAAGGUGUGAGAGCUGUGUUGAAAGGAUGGAAGGCUGACUUUGUGCCAGUCAUGAACGGCCUCAAGGGGGGGGGGGGAGCCAUGGUCACAGUAUUCCCUUGGUUUAAUUUGUUCAUUAUGUUUAAAUGUGAUGUUGAGGAGCGCGGAAAGGGAUUGAGGUCUGAAUGUACACUUACGGAUAACUAUGACACUAUUAGAGCAAAGUAUACAUAAACAUAUGAUUUAUCUUACCACAUUGAUCCAUAAGCUCAACAAAUGGUAGCAGAGCAUGGCUUGUGGUAAAGGGAAGGAGAUCAGUAAGUAUUAAGAAGAAAGAUGAUAAAGAAAAUAAGAGUAACAACGACGAUUGAGGUUCUUGGCGAAAACAAGAGUUAUGAUUGCUGGAAACAAGAACUGAAAGUAUGGCAGCUUGUCAUGAGUGUAGGAAAGAAAAAAACGUUAGCUGUAACUGUCGCGAGGUGAGGGGCAAGAUUUUUGAAGAAGUGAACAUCGGAGAAUUAGGUAAACGGUGAUUUUGAACGUUUACAUGGUGAAUAGUUCUAUUUUUCCAUCUGUUCAGCAAGAAAUCUAUGAAAAGAACAAAUAAGAGUGGACUUGGAAACUGAUAUUGCAGUAAUACAUGGCAAAGAGGUGAAAUUGAGGUGUACUGAUGCCUUCUGCUAAUGAAGGAGAAAGAAGCUUGGAAGAAAACUAAAGAAAAUAAAAACUUCAGGACGUAGUGACAAGAGAAAUGAAAAAGAUAGAAAAAUUAUGCCAACAAUUUGGUCAUUUCCACAUGAAUUCAGGCAUUGAAGGAAGCAGGCAUUGAUGAUGAAAGGGGCUUCAUUUCUGUUUGAAGAGGUGUCGGAUACCUGUGAGACAUGCAUGAAAUAAAAAAAAAACACCAUUAAGGCCACUUGUGUGAAUAUGGCAAGGAAGUUCAAUGAAGUGGUGGCAAUAGACCUAAAAGAAUAUAAGAAAGGAGAGAUUUAUUUCCUACUUAUGGUACACAUAGCAAGAAGGUUCUCAAAAUCAUGUGUGACAAAACUUUUAAGGACCUGAGGGGAUGGUUGAGAAAAUUAUGAAGACGUGGUUAGGAACUGCUUUACGGAAUACUUGUGUGACGGUAGUGUAGAGAUUGCCAACAACACAUUCCUGGAGGUGUGAGAAUAUGAACAUUCAAGUAAUGCACGCAGCAGCAUAGACGAAAUGGUGAGCACCCAAAAUCGUCUUUAAAAGUGGCUUUAGCAUGGGCAGUCAAUGCUAAAAAUUCUUAAGGUGAUGGGGUAUUAGCCCAUAUCAACUUGUACAUGGGCAGAAUCCUAAACUGCUAUGUACCAUGAGUGUUGAACUCUCAGCACUAGAAUCUACAACAUCUAGUGAAAUGGUUGCUAAACACAUCAGUGCUAGCCGUUCAGCAAGAAAAGCCUUAAUUGUUGCCGCAACCUCUGAAAGAAUAUGACAUGCUCUAAAGCGAAGGUCACACUAGUCUAUUCUGUCCUGGGAUCCCCAGAUAGGAUCGCCGAAGUCUCCUCAGCUACAGAGAGGGAUUGGUCACACUACAU